AUGAAGCUCACAGCCAAAGGAAGUGAUAGGCCUACCUCCUUCGACAUAAGUAAAAAGAAUUUAGAUGCAUUACAGCUUCUAUUGAAAAAUCCACCCACCACAAACAACAAAGGAGAAAAGGAUAAAGCACAUAGUCUGGUGAUUAGAGUUCUAACGGCUUUCAAGGUAUCAGAAGUAGGCGCUGCCGUGAAUGCAUUAGAUAGUGAUUCCAUUGACAUCCUCAUGAAAUAUAUCUACAGAGAAUUUGCUGCACCCUCAGAGAAGAGUGCAGGAAUAUGCCUCACAUGGCAUGAAAAGGUAUAUGCUGUUUCUGGUGUAGGCUCAAUCAUCCGGGUUUUGACCGACAGAAAAGGGGUUUGA